GAAGAAUGGAGGUGCGCGGUCCUCGGAGGAAUCGCAGAUACCUGUCUGAUCUCUAUGAGAACAUGCUGCGGGCUCAAGACACAGCAGAACGAGGACAGGAGCAGCCCUCAAUGGUACGUCCGAGCAGCAGCCCGUGUCUUGUAAGCCGUGCCCCAGUCAAGGUGGUGGCCAAGCCUCAUCAGCCUCAGAGCAGCACUUCCAGCAGCUGUGAUCCAGCACUGCGGCCUAUCAUCCGCCGCCGAGCAAGGUCUUUGCCUACAACACCUGAAAGAAGGAAGCGAGUGCAGUGUCAAGCUCCUGUGUGCCAGAGUCGCAUGAACAAGGUGAGAUUUGCUGAUGCUCUGGGCUUGGAGCUGACUGAAGUCAAAGUCUUCCAGAAAGGGGAGGAUCCUUCAAUUCCCCUACAUGUCCUUUCCAGGCUCUCCAUAAAUUCAGACCUCUGGUACAGCAACUUGGAGUUUACCAUGCAGUGCUUAGUCCCUGAUUUCCAGCAGCCUGCAGACUGCAUGGAUUUCUCUGCCCGACUUCAGGAGCAGCAGGUGUGUCUUGAACGAGUGACCAGUUCAGAUCUGGGGGUCAGUGGCACCAUCCAAGUUUGCAACAUUGCUUUUGAGAAGCAAGUAUCUGUGCGAUACACCUUCAACCAGUGGAAAAGUCUCCAUGAAGUAUGUGCUCAUUGGCACAGUAGCAUCUCUGAGAAAAACGGGCAGGAUCAAGUUGAUGUUUUCACAUUUUUUCUCCCUGUGCCUUCUUUCCUCCUUCAGCUGUGCUCUGUAGUCCAGUUUGCAGCAAGAUAUCAAGUCAAUGGGCGGGAAUAUUGGGAUAACAACAAAGGCAAAAACUACAGCCUCACUUGCCGGACUCACCCCCUCAAGAUGCCUAGAGAAUGCGAGGAGAGCUGGAUCCACUUCAUCUGAAUGAAGGAAAGUGGAUGCAGAACAGCUUUGCAGUAGUCUCAACGGCCCUUUCUUGCGUGGCGUUGCUCUGUGCUCCUUUUUGAAGCCUACCAAACCUGGCAGAGUUUCACAGCAGGCAGGUAGCCAGCGAACCGGACGCACUGUUCUAAACCUCUCAAAGUAUUAAGGGCCAAAAUGUGUAGAGCUACAUCUGCUGAAAGCCUGGGUGGUUUCUUGUAAUGUAUGAAUCAAGGCAGAAUGGUUCAAAGGGAUUCUCUCAGGCUAUUUAGAUCAAGAGAAGACACUUUAUGUUGCUAGCAAUAUUCUAGAUCGCAUAGAGUAUUUCUAACAGAUCUAUUUUACUAUUUUGUACUGUCUGUUUUUUAAAUGGGCAGUGCAGCUUUAUUGUUUUCAUUUCUAAUUUUGUUUGUAUUAUCACACCAACUCUGGGCACUGUUCCAAUUACAAUUUGCAUGGCAGACACUGUAGGGAAGCACUUACAUAUAUAUAUAUAAAAUAUAUAUACUUUUUUUUUUUUUUUUUAAGACUGUUACUGUGCUGAGUAUUUCCAUUAGUUUUGGGGUUGGAAAGUAAAGAAAUGUUAUGAGCAAAACUUGCAUGAAAAUUUCCAAUCAGCCCCUGUUUCCCUUUUUAUUAUUAUUAUUAUUUAUUUUUUUUUUAAGUGCCUUAUCUCCACUGUUUGCGGUAGGCAGGAGGAGUGAUUGUUACCAGAGUGUAUGAAGGUACUCUGCUUCGUGGGGAAGCUCUCAUCUUGUUCACCUGAUUAACCAGUAGGCUUUUCCUGCAGGUGGUGGUACAGGAGUUGUCUUUCUGCAGCUGCAUUCACUAAGGAAAACCAGAGAAAUUUUGCACUCAAAUUACACUUAUGCUCUUACACUCAUACUUGAAAUAGGUAAACUUGUAAAUCAAGCAGAUGUGAGAAAGGAAAGAAAAUACAUUGAGCUUGUAACAGAGCCUUGCAGUAGGAUCCUUGGACUCUGAAUCCUGGCUCUCUGUUUCCCAGCAUCUCACUGCCUUUGCAGUAGUACUUUUUGAAUGCUCUGCUCAGCUGCUUUUUUUUUAUAAACCAAUUGAUCUCUAAGACUGCAUCCUUUGCAACACGAAACAGGAACCUCAAAGCAAAAUAAUGCUUCUAAUAGUAAAUUAGUAUUAAAACGUGUCCUCAGAUUAUCUUCUACAGCAGGGAAAGCAUAGCAACAUAAGUACUGCAUACCCAAUACUUCUUGCUCUGCAACUUUUGUUCUGAGGAUUUAGUAUGGUUUGAGGUAGGCAACAGGCUUGGUGACAGGCUUCAGUCUAGUAAGUAAAAGAUUGUCUGUUUAUUUGUUCGUUUUUUUCCCACAUAUUCAACACUUGCAUGCAAAAUUUAUGACAAAUUUUCAAAGCUGUCUGGGUGGAGCUGCUUUUUGAAAGAACUGUGCUAUAAAAAUCAAGCCAUGUAUUCAGACAUCUAACUUUAGAUUUCUGCUUAUUCAUCAAAAUCACAAGUGAUUUUUAGAACCACAGUUGUAAUUAACUCAUGGUUGAGUAUGUGCUAAUGCAAAAGGUCCAACAAGUAAUUCUGGAAGUGCAGAAACACCAAGAAAAUUCAAGUGUUUGGCAACUUAAUGUUACUAGUUGGGCUAUUUAUCAAUGCCAGGAUUUGAAGUGAACAGGCUUCCCAGUUGGGUAGUCUUUAUCUUUCAAAGGAACAACUGAUGAAUGAUGGUUUUUUGACCUGCUUAGCACCUCUUUCAUAGUACAGUGAAAACUCAAUUGUAUUGGAAACCACUGGGAGCUGACUGUGUUGUCAUACUGGAGAACUCACCCAGUUAAUGUGCACUUACACAUCCUCCAUUUUGUUCUUUGUUUUGAAUUGCACGCUUAUAAUUUCUUCCAUAGCAAUCCAGUGCAUACAGCUUUCAGUUAGAGUUUUCUUUAAGAAAAAAAAAAAAAACUUUUGAUAGAACAGGCAAACCAUUUGUUUUCAUUCUAUAAUUUGGCCAUUUCUGCUAGCGACUGCUGCUUAAAUGCAAUUUUGAUGUCUUUCCUAAGUAAGUGAAAUGUCCACAGAUGACAGAUGUCAUUUAUAAAGCUUACAUAGCUGUCCAGUGUAACAGCAGAAAUGCAAGAUGUACUUUGGCUUGUUUUCAGCAGGACACUUGUCAGUAGUUGAAUUCAGUUGGGGCUGGCAGGGUUUUUCCUCUGAAAGCCAACUUCUAAGUAUUACUCUUCCUGUAAGCCUACCUACCUUUGGUAGUUAAUUUUGGUUUUUAACUUGUAUGUAUUUUGAUCAAUUACCAGUGGUUAUCUGUGGGUAGGGAACAGUAAAAAUAAUCAUUUCUUUAUUAA